AUGGCUACUACAUCCGUCUUUGAUACGGGCCUCGGUUUCGAGGGCUCACACGUCCUGGUAACCGGGUCCAGCGGCGCAAUAGGAUCUGUUGUAGUUACAGCAUUUCUUUCUACUGGCGCACAUGUCUCGGCCUUCGAUAUUCGGACUCCAGAAACUGCCGUUGAACAUGUACGGCUACGUACAUAUCAGGUCGACAUCACCAAUGAAGCUAGUGUGGAGGAAGCCAUGGAGAUGGCUAGGGCAACAUUUGGGGUCAUAUCGACAUGCAUCGCUGCGGCUGGUGUGGACUUGUCGUUCGCGCCGCAUCAUUCUCUGGCGGAUAUGCCUCUCCAAGACUGGCAGAGGAUCAUGCAGGUCAAUGUUGACGGGACAUUCCUGACAUGCCGAGCAUGGCUUCGUGGCAUCAGGAGUUUUGCGACUUCGCAGACCAAGAACAUCUCCGCAGUGAUCUUCGGCAGUGAAGCAGGGAGAUUUGGCGUUCCCAGUUGCGCAGCAUAUGCGGCGUCUAAGGCGGCAAUCCAAGUGGGCCUGGUCAAAUCCCUCGCACGCGAUGUGGUGAGUAUAGACGCACGCUGUAGGGUCAAUGCAGUCGCACCGGGACCUGUCGACACAAGUCAGUUCAGAAAGGAGUGCGCAAAUGACCCUACUGCACUCUGGCGGGAGGCGCAAGCAACUGUCGCACUGAACAAACCGAUUGCAGUGGAAGCUGUGGCGAGAGCCUGCUUAUUCCUCGCGAGCGACAAUUUUGCUGGCAACAUCACUGGACAAGUACUCCCGGUAGAUUCAGGGAAGAGUGGCAUUUUAUUCUGGCUUGCCGACGGGCGGGACGCUUGA